AUGAGGGCCUCUCUAUCAGCCCGUGAUCAACAGGUGGGUGGUACAGAAUCUCAUGAGCGCGAAGAUCGCAUGAGUAACGCUGCAAUCUACUCCGUCUUUUGGAAUUGUCUACGGCGUAUACUGCGACCGGAACACCAUCCCAAGUGGUGGUACUCAACCGUUCACAUCGCGACGGCUAUGCUAGGAGCCGGAGUUUUGAGCCUUCCGUCGACAAUGGUCUACCUGGGAUGGCUUGGGUUCAUAGUUGGUUUGCAGCAGAUCGUAGUCCAGGUGACUGCCAACAUUGCUUACUUGGUAACUGGCGGCCAGGCGCUCAAGAGGUUCGGGGAUCUUGUUCUGAGUCGCGAGAUUCAGCACGGGAAGUUUGAGCUUGCUGUGGCAUGGAUAUCCGCGUUUGCUGGAGUUCAGGCGUUUGGGCAACAGCUAUACGGCUUAAGAGUUCGCAAGUAUCGUAUCUCUACUGCAACUGGAGACUACAGAGCCUCUAAUGCACUCGGAGAGAUUGCGUUUGCCUAUGGAGGCCAAAACAUUGCUCUCGAGAUCCAAGCAAUGAUGAGAUCAACGAGGCACAAGCCGUCUAAGCUACCAAUGUGGAAUGGAGUUUUGGUGGCUUAUGUCAUGGUUGCCGUUUGCUAUUUCCCAGUCGCUGGAGUUGGCUAUUGGGCUCUUGGCAACUUGACUUGCUACGAAAACGUUCUGGACGUCCUCGAUAAACCAAAGUGGCUGAUAGGGACAGCCAACUUGAUGCUUAUGCUGCACCUCACAGGGAGUUACCAGGUUUUUGCUUUGCCGAGAUGAUGGACUAACUUGCUGGCUCAAUGCUUGGAUUAGGCCUCUUUACGAUUUACGUGUUUGGUUGCGGUGAUCAUACCU